CCUUCCUUCUUCCCUUUCCGUUCUUUCACACUUUCUCGCUUUUCCCCACACGAUGGCAAAUCCUACGUUCGCAGCAAACCCCGAAGCGACUAGGCCUUCACAGGCCUUUCGAGUUCCACCGUCUUCCUCUACCCUCAGCAUCGACGCCCACCUGGACUACAGGACAGGUCAAUAUGUCAUUCUCUGGCUAGAUGUCCAACGGAUUUUUGAGGAUGUGCAUUAUGUCAAGCAGGGCAGUUCCGUUGUUUCCCUCAUGAGCGACCAAAACUUUCGAGAGUUACAGCCACCUAGAAUCCCUUAUCGGCCUGGAGUUGUCUUUGACGUUGUGCUCCGAGAUCCGGUCCACGAGUCUCUCCCUGAAAAGCAGAUUGAUCCAAGCUUUGUUGAUACCAAAGUCUUGCAAGGUCUCGAGACCGGGAACGAUACCAGCGCUGAUCGCGUCUUGAAUGAUCUACAAUCGACCCUUCGACAUCUUCCUGAAUGCCUAACUUCCAUCCGGGACCUUUUACAAGUCCUUGCCGAGGACAUGCACGCUCUGAGUGAUCAAUUUUGCGACACAACCGCGGCCAAGCCAAGAGUCGAGCCAAUGGACUUUCCGGAGAUCAGGGACCUCGUCUUCCAGAAUUUAGAUCGCAAGGAUUUUGUAACGUGCGCGCGACUCAACAAGGCAUGGCGCAGUUGGACGGCAUCCAUGAUCUGGGAGUCGGUCGACAUAUGUGGCACUCGACGAUUAAACCCGUCCGUCUCAGCCCUUCAGCACAAUGGCCAUCUAGUCAAAAGCUUCGAGAUGUACACCUAGUACACCGCAUUGGAUUUUUUAAACCUCCAAAGGCUCACUAUGGAAUUUUCUGAUGGCCGCGAGAAAUCAUUGGGUGAUAUGAUCUAUCGACAUAGGUAUUUGACGCAGCUGGUUUU